AUGGCCGAGAACGAACUGGAGGGCUUCCCCGCCCUAUCCAUAUCGGUCAAUGAGAAAGAGCUCUUGGAGUCUAAAGAGAUACUCGUCACUGUUCAAAGCAUUGGCAGUGAAGAUUCCGAUCAACCGGUUACUACCGAGGCUUCCCCUGAGACGUCACCUCCUCGGACGCCACCUCCGACGAGGAUGGUAGCAGAUUUGGCAGAGUACAUUGAGGCCUGUUACUAUCCUAAAGAUUUUCCUCCCGAGAAGCGAACCCCGAUAUUCAACAACGGUGAAGGCCAUUACAGACCACAGCUCAGACAGGGCCGGGUUAACCGAAUCCUUUUGUACCCGGGAAUUUUCAGCCCGCCACACCUCUCACACCAAGCCAUGGUGAACUGCGCCUUCGCGGGCUGUCAGGACCUCAACGUGAUCGCCGCGAUCGUCAUCCCGAUAGGCAACAGAAUCACGUGGAGGGAGUUUUCCCGGAGUGCGACAUUCGACAACGCCCAGCGAGUACGACUGUGGAGGGGAGAUGAUGGGCCCCACGAUUGGCUCUGGAUAUUCGACUGGUGCCCGGACGGGUGGGACACGUUUUGCUAUAUGUUCAAGAAGAAGAUGACGAUGGACUUUGAUGUCGAGUUUCUCUACUUGGGCGGACCUGAUCAUAUCGGAAAGGACUACGUCACUGAUUGCCCCUGGGAUUCUACCAAUCUGAUCGUCAGCGACAUCGGGAGAGAAGCGGACUUUGUCAAGGAGGAUGGGACUUUGCAUGACUUGGUCAACUAUGAAUCGUGGCAAACUCCUGAUAUUCCAGAGGGCACAUAUCCCAAGAAGGCUGAGGAAAUGCCACCUUGGCUGAUAGACUCGUUGGCAGUUAUAAUGCCAGGAGACAGAUCCGAUCCUGAAUAUAUCGAGAAGCUAUACCAAGGGUAUAUGAGUCGAAUAAGUGGGACACGGUCCUGUAAGGGCGGGCCUAAGCGCAAGUACUCAUGGGUUCGCUUUAUCCUCGCUGGCGAGAAUCCUAAACGCGUGAGUGCGACAGACGUUCGGCGAACGAUAUCGGAGACUCCCACGGAAGAGCUGCUCGAGAAGAUUAAAGACAUAGUCAUGAAUCCAGAGGCCGUCGUCGAGAUGAUGGACAAGCUCAGAAAGUCUGGGCCGCUGUCCUCCGACCCGGAGUCUUCGGACGAGGAGGAACUAGAUGAGGAGAAACCAGACGGGGAGAAACCAGACGGUGAAGAACCAGACGAGGAGGAAUCAGCGCCUACGGAUGCGUCGCUAUAA